AUGGAAGACUUCAAGGAAAACCUUGUGUUCAAGGAUAACAGAUACCAUGUUACAUGGCCUUGGAAAAUCGACCAUCAGGAAGUUCCGGAAAAUCGUCCUCUUGCCUUUGGACGAUUAAAGUCAUUAGUAUCGAGGUUCAAAGAUAAACCAGAUGUGUUGCAGAAGUAUGAUUGUGUUAUACAAGAUCAACUUAAAAAGGGAAUCAUAGAAAAAGUUGCGACCUCUAAAAAGAAUGGACUGACCCAUUAUUUACCUCAUCAUGCAGUGAUCAAACCUGGCAAGUCAACAACAAAGUUGAGAAUAGUGUAUGACGCAUCAGCAAAACCAAAGAUUGAGAAUAGCAGUUUGAACGACUGUCUCUACAGAGGACCCGUGCUGCUAAACGAUCUGUGUGGAAUUCUUUUAAGAUUUCGAGUACAUACGAUCGGUAUUGUGUCAGACAUAGAAAAAGCUUUCCUCCAAAUCAGCUUACAGAAAGAUCAAAGAGAUGUCAUGCGAUUUUUAUGGCUAAAGGAUUUAGAAAACCCAGAAGUAACACAAAAUCAAAUACAAGUUUACCGCUUCUGUCGCGUGCCCUUUGGAGUUGUGUCAAGCCCAUUCUUAUUAGGAGCAACAAUUGAUUAUCACUUGGAGAGUUACAACAAUGAUGUCGCUAAACAACCGAAACAGGAUAUUUAUAUGGACAAUGUUGUAACGGGAACAGACACCAUUGACGCUGCGAAAGAUUUGUACACUAUGUCCAAAGGAAUUUUCGAAGAUGCAAGCAUGAAUCUUCGUGAGUGGGCAUCUAAUAAUAGAGAACUAGAAGAAACUUUUUCAGAUGAAGACAGAGCUAAAGAAAAUGUGAUGAAAGUGUUAGGUCUCGAAUGGAGCAGAGAAACAGAUACAUUGGCGAUACAAAAAGUGCAUUUAUCAAGUGCUCAAAUUGUUACAAAACGGUUUAUUCUGAGCAAAAUCGCACCUGUGUUUGACCCUCUAUGUAUAUUUGCACCUUACGCUUAG